UUUUCCAAAUUUCUCCACCCCACUUUUUGGUUCGUCUUGCCAGAGAUCGGACGUGUCACGUCUUCGGACUAAAAACAAAUUUUUCGAUAAAUUUCCUUAAAAAAAAUCAAGCCUAACGAUGGCCCCAAAACAGAGGAUGCGUAUCGCCAACGAAAAAGCCAGCAAAAUGGUCACCAUGAGGGGCAACGUACCCAAAUCUUCCAAACAAGAAAAGGAGAGUUCUCCAGUAGGCCCUUGGCUUUUGGCGCUCUUCAUCUUCGUUGUAUGUGGCUCAGCUGUUUUCCAAAUCAUCCAAUCAAUCCGUAUGGCGUAAACAUCAUCAAUAAAUUUAAACUUGUUUUUCGUUUUUAAUGUUCUUAUGAUUUAAUUGUCAAUUUAUUAAUGUAAAAACGUUUUGUGUGCAAUUUAAUUUUUGUUGUUUUUAUACAAUUUUUUUUUUUUUUUUUAAUCAUUUUGAAAUGUACAAUAAGGUGGAUGGUUAUUGGAAUUCCAAAUGCAUUUAUGCUGCACAAAGAGAUUAUUUUCUUGUGUAAGAAAAAAAAUUACAUCAUUCCACUGAAUUUUAGUAAUAAUUAUUGCAAGAAACUUGUUUAAGGGUUUUUAAAAGUUUAAUAUAUUAUUAUUUUCGAAAAUAAUGUGUUUAAUUCAU